CCUCUAUAUGCCUUCGUGGCGUAGUGCUUCCUUAGUUAAGUAGGGACAACUCUGCCUUACCUUUACUAUUAUGAAUCGGUUUGUGCUUCAUCUUCGUCAUAUCGGGAGAAACGUUGUUAAUUUGAAGAGCUGUGAUUGGUGUUUUCUCCCGCCAGAAAUAAAACCGAAGUAUGGCGGAUUCGGAAGAUAAAUAUGUGGAGGUUAUGGAGGUAAAUAUCUGCGAAAGUGAACCUUCCACAUCAAAGGCAGGAACUACGCAACAAGCAGAAGUAAGAAAAAGCCACCAUAAUCUACCAUGGAUAGAAAAGUAUAGGCCACAGACAUUUAAGGAUAUUGUUGGAAAUGAAGAUACUGUCACAAGACUUGAAGUAUUUGCAAAUACUGGAAAUGUACCAAACAUCAUUAUUGCUGGUCCACCAGGUGUAGGCAAGACGACAACAAUUUUAUGUCUGGCUCGUAUUCUCUUGGGACCUGCUUUCAGUUCUGCGGUGCUGGAGUUGAAUGCUUCAAAUGAUCGAGGUAUUGAUGUCGUACGUAACAGAAUCAAAAUGUUUGCCCAGCAGAAGGUUACAUUGCCACAGGGCAAACAUAAAAUUAUCAUCCUAGAUGAAGCAGACAGCAUGACAGAAGGUGCUCAGCAAGCCCUAAGGCGCACUAUGGAAUUGUAUAGCCGUACAACAAGAUUUGCUUUAGCAUGCAACAACAGUGAGAAAAUAAUUGAAGCAAUUCAAUCAAGAUGUGCCAUGAUUCGUUAUGGUCGGCUUUCUGAUGCUCAAAUUUUGGCGAAAGUUAUUGAGGUCUGCCAGAAGGAACAGGUUUCUUACACAGAAGAUGGAUUGGAGGCUAUAGUGUUCACUGCCCAGGGUGACAUGCGGCAAGCAUUGAACAACUUGCAGUCCACAUCCAAUGGAUUCAAGCAUGUCAGCAGUGAGAAUGUGUUCAAAGUAUGCGAUGAGCCCCAUCCACUUCUAGUGAAAGAAAUGUUGCAACACUGUAUUGAUGGAAACAUUGAAAAGGCUUAUAAGAUAAUGGCUCAUCUGUGGAAACUUGGCUAUGCAGCAGAAGAUAUCAUUGGAAAUAUUUUCCGUGUCGCUAAAUCUAUGCAAAUGUCAGAGGAAUUGAAGCUUGACUUUAUAAAGGAAAUUGGAAUGACUCACCUGAGAAUAGUGGAUGGUAUGACAACUCUUCUCCAGCUUACAGGUCUCCUGGCAAAGUGUUGCCAGGUAGCAAUGGAGUCAGCUGGAAGUGUGUAGUGAUAGAGGUGCAGACUGAACUUUAUCAAGCACCUAUUUGUGUUGAAAUAUUUGACCUGUGGGAAGAGUUAUGGGAAAGACAAAAGUUUCAGUAUUGCAGAUGUUCAUUCUCACCCCAAGGUAUGCUAUUUAUUUUGGUCCUUUUAUAAGAGUAUAAUGUGAUACUGGUUCUGUGUUUUUCUUAUGACUACUUAGAGACAUAAUGAAGUAAAUGAUUUUUAUAUGGUGUAUAUAUUAUUUGUUGAAUACUUGGAGCUCUGACUUUCCUUAGGUCUACCUAGUUUAGUGAAAAGAGGUAUUCAUUUAACUAUUUUCUAUCCUCUGUCAAACGUCCAGCUUUACAAAUUUACUGGAACACUACAGCCAUUUUUUUUGAGUAUUAUAUUAUUGUACUUUAUGUCUGUUAACCUAUUGUAGCACGUAGACCCAUUGCUACAUAAUGACUAUAAGCAAUGACUGUAGAAAAAGCAAAUUUACAGCAGUCAUUGCUGGAUAACAGCUUCGCAGACAAGCAUUCCCACAGCAGCAAUUGAACUACCACAGUGAGGAGUGGUGUUUUCUACAUUGUCAGUGCCAAGGGGUUGUAAGCAGGACAAGAUUAGAAUGUAGUCGUCACACAUUCCUCAGCCGGUAUGGACAUAAGCAGAGGACAUUGUUAGGAUCUGUUACCAGGAAACUGAUGGUGAAAACAAACUGAGAAGAUGUAUGUGCUGUAGUGAGAAGAUGAGUGCAUAAAUUAGCAAGAGUAUUAUAAUUACUUGUAGUUACCAUCUGUAAGUGUGCAAUAAAGCCAGUCACCAAUCCAGACCCUGUCAGUAGCCACUUAUACAUGUGACAAUGUGUUCUAGUACUUUCCCAUACCAAAGUUGUUCUCCUUUUGAAGAGAUAAAUUUUUUGGUUGUAGGUGUGAAGUUGGAAAUAAAAAGUAUGCAAAAGAAAUGAGUCUUUCAGUUGCUAAUGAGUUUGAUUUCAUGCUUACUAUACAAAUGGAAGGUCCAGGUGACUAUUUUUUUGACAAACUUGAUACGUUUGUCCUUUUUACUGCGGUCAUUUCACGUUGAUAUGGUAAGUUGGUAAGGGGCACACGGUAGUAUAGUUGGUUGAGG